AGCUAUUGUCAGGCCUCUUAAAAGCUCUGGUCGAGCUAGUUUAGCUCCAUUCUUUUCACAGCCCAGAUUUUGCUGAACACCUGUACAAUCAAAACUUAACACUCGGAGGUUAGACUGAAUCUACGAGUCACAAGCAGCGUAAGGUCCAGACUGAGGAGCUGGGAUGGUGUGCAGAUUCAAACUGAGCACCCUGCUGCAGGGCCUGACUCUCCUCUCGUUAGUCACGUCCCACGAAGCCUCUUCUCUGGGCCUCACAGUCCACGUCACACCCCUGAAAAGCGACGGAGGAAACACGGUGCGAGCUCAUUUUACCGCCAUCGCUCCCGACCCUUGUCCAGAUUUGUCCGGUCUCUGUUCAGAAGGGGAGGACUGUGAGGUCUACAAAACGCCGUUACCUUUUACUGGCACCAAGCCCAACUCUGGCUGGUGUGUCCGCCAGUGGCAUAAAACCGUCCCCAGUAAAUACAGCGCCACCAUCAGUUUAGGGUCCAACACAGAAUUCUAUGUAUACCUGAAUGCAGGACCGACCGUCCGGGCAAAUAGUGGGAGACUCAACCAACCUGCUUACGUGGCUCUCCCUCCUCCACUAAGGGCUCGAGUGAACUGCCCUCACCACUUCCAUCUGUCGGUGAAAGACCUGGACGGAGACAAAGUGCAGUGUCGCUUUGCCCGAGAAGACGAGGGAGAGUGUGUCAGCUGUCCUCAGCACUCUUUUAUAGAACUGGACAAGGCAAGAUGCAUGCUGUCCUUCACUGGAAAAGCGGCGGCGGGGCAGUAUUUCAUCUACCUGGUGGCGGAGGACUUUAUUCCUGCGCCCAGAAUAAAUUAUAUCACGGACGGCUCGGCCCUCAGCUCUGUCCCUGUGCACCUCUCUCUCACUGUGGAAGAGUCGUCCUCCAGUUGCAUCGAUGAACCGAUGGCAACGGGCAGCACCCCCGAAGAGGACUCGGUGCUGUUUGUUCUGCCGUUCCAGGAGGUGAAAUUUACCGCCAACUUCAUAUCACAGCCAGAGAGCGUUGCAGAGGUGGCUGUUGUCGGGCCCCCUGCUCUGUACAGGACUGGUUUCACGUCGAUCGGCCCCCUGGCAAAGAUGGACAUGGCCUGGGUUCGCUCUGAAAACAACCUGAGCCGCCUUCUGCCCAUCUGCUUUGCUGCAAAUACCCAGAGUUUGCAGUCAGAGCCCAGAUGCAUCUGGCUGUACCAAAGGGAAAUGCGAACGCUCCCUGCUGGAACAGAGCUCAAGUGUGAGAACACGGAGAUGUCCCUGGUGCUCCCCAUCACCUCCUUCAAAGACAUCAAACUGGAGGAACUGCAGCUGAACAGCCCCACCUGCCCCGUCAUCUACAACAGCACACACUUGACUGCACGCUUCUCCCUGGACGGCUGUGGCACAAAGGCCGUGCACGCUGGUACAGAGCUCAUCUUCACCAACACCUUGCAGAGUGUGCGUCCCUACACGAUGGUCAGCCGCGAGCCCUCCCUCAUCCUCCCUCUCGCCUGCCGGAUCCCUGAAACUCAAGUCAAGGGGCCACAGUACAAGAUCACCCUGCCCACGGAGAAGGAGACGUUUGGUGAAAUCAGGGUUUGGAUAGAGUUUCACCUGCCAGGGGAGGGGCCCCUCUCAAAGUACACAAGGUCCCCGAGGUUUCGCUCUGACUUCCUUCCACCGGUGAGAUCGCGCAGACAAGCUGAAACGGAGAGCGUCACCAACAGCAGCGCGGCCAGUAACUCCACUGACGGGGGCCUUGGGUCCAGGAUCAGCCAGCUAGAUCUCCAUCUGUUGACUAACUGCAGCGUGGCUCGAGCCGAGAUGAUAGUGAGCAGCUGUAUUGAGUCUGAGACGGAGGACUUUGAGGAAAGCACUCCUAUUCUGAACCAAGGGUGUCUGGCGUCCAACAGUACAUUAGAGGUUGUUACAGAGGAAACUAAAUCCAAAGUUUACCGCCUUGACUUGAGCUCGGUGGGGACCCAAGGAUCAACGAUGUAUGUCCAGUGCACGGUCAAUUUAUGCAUCUCCACCAUGCCAUCUCAGAAAUGUCCUGAUCUCUGCACCCGCGCCAUUAGUCAGAGAACGCUGAUUGGAAGCGUGUUCACCAGUAGCUACACCGUCCGCUCGGGACCCGUUAGCCUUGUGGUCACCACUCCUGCUCCAACAACAGCUUCAAACACAGCUAUAACUACUACUACUAAGACUAGUUCUACUCCAGCCGCCACCACUACUACAGCAUCAGCGACCACCACCUCUCACGCUCCAGAACAGGCCUCGUCAGUGGCAACAGGAGUGAUUUUGACAUCCAUCAGUGUAUUUCUACAAAAGGUCGUCCUUUACUGAAAGUGCUGCUGGAUGAUGACCUGUCAGAAUAUGGUUAACUGCAGUGAAGAUCGAUCCCACAUCUGGUUCCACCGUUUAUUUUGACCAGUGAAUUAAGCUGAGAGCACAAGACAUACCUGUAAAAAAAAAAAAAAAAAAGAUGAUUCCAAUGCAGAAAUCAUGAACUUGUUAUAUAGAUAUAUAUAUAUAUAUAUAUAGAAGGAGAGAUAUUGUUGGUAUAACAUGUAUAUGUCAUUAAACACUUAUCUACGAAGUUGUUUUAA